CUCAAAGCUAAUCAAAUAAGCUCUUGCUUAUAAACUCCUUACAUACCUAAGUAAUUGAUCAAUAUAAUGGCGCCCGUGUUCUCCAAAAUAGGCAUAAUCGGAGGUGGAAUUAGCGGUUUAGCUGCGGCUAAACAGCUCUCCCACCACCACCCGGUGGUGUUCGAGGCUACCGAUUCCCUUGGAGGGGUGUGGAAACAUUGUUCUUUCAAAUCUACCAAACUCCAGACCCCUCGUUGCGAUUACGAGUUCUCGGACUACCCUUGGCCCGAAAGAGACAAUUCCAGUUUCCCAUCUUACAUAGAGAUACUGGAAUACUUGUAUUCCUAUGCUACGCACUUUGACUUGUUGAGGUUUGUCAAGUUCAAUUCAAAGGUGGUGGAAAUCCGGUUUGUUGGUGACCGGAAAACUGCUUAUUAUGGCAGUUUGUUACUGGGACAGCCCAUGUGGGAGGUUGCUGCUCAAUCGGAGGAGGGUGUUCAGUGGUAUGCUUUCGAGUUUCUUGUGAUUUGCACUGGCAAAUAUGGCGAUGUGCCGAAAAUACCAGAAUUUCCGCACGACAAAGGCCCUGAAAUAUUCAGGGGAAAGGUGUUGCAUACCCUUGACUACAGCAAACUUGAUGAUGAAGGUACCACACAACUUCUUAAAGGAAAGAAAGUGGCUGUAAUUGGGUACAAGAAAUCUGCUAUUGAUUUAGCCACAGAAUGUGCUGAAGCAAAUCAAGGACCAGAAGGCCAGACAUGCACCAUGGUGAUCAGGACCCUGCACUGGACUGUUCCACAUUAUUGGGUUUGGGGUUUACCCUUUUACUUAUUCUACUCCACAAGAUCUUCCCAGUUCUUACAUGAAAGACCCAACUAUGGCUUCCUAAGGAACUCCCUUUGCCACCUAUUAUCUCCAGCAAGACAGGCUGUGUCAAAGAUCAUCGAGUCUUAUCUGGCUUGGAAACUUCCACUGGACAAGUAUGGAUUGAGGCCAGAUCACCCGUUUGAAGAAGACUAUGCAUCUUGUCAGAUGGCUAUUCUGCCUGAAAAUUUCUUCACUGAGGCUGAUAAGGGAAAUAUUGCAUUCAAAAGAGCAUCAAGAUGGUGGUUUUGGGAGGGAGGGGUUGAGUUUGAAGACAACACGAAAUUGGAGGCUGAUGUUGUGAUUCUUGCAACUGGCUUUGAUGGGAAGAAAAAACUGAAAUCCAUAAUACCAGAGCCUUUUUGUAGCUUGAUUGAGUUCCCUUCUGGCAUGAUGCCCUUAUAUAGGGGCACAAUCCAUCCAUUGAUCCCGAAUAUGGCAUUUGUGGGUUACAUUGAGAGUGUGUCAAACCUGCACACUGCGGAGCUACGAUGCAAAUGGCUGGCUCGACUUGUAGACGAUCAAUUUAAGCUCCCGAGCGUGGAGAAGAUGCUCCAACAGACAACUAAAGAGAUGGAAAUCAUGAAGAGAACAACCAGGUUCUACAAAAGAAGCUGCAUUUCUACUUUCAGUAUAAACCACAGUGAUGAAAUCUGCGAAGAGAUGGGAUGGAUUUCUUGGAGGAAGAAGAAUUGGCUUGCUGAAGCCUUUAGCCCAUACAACAGUCAAGAUUACCAAGAGGAAAAAUGAAACAAUGGCACUGCAAUGCAAUGCAAUGCAAUACUGGUUCUGGGCUAUUUGUUAACUAUGUCUAAUUUCAGUAAUUUAAUUAGUACUUGAUUAAUUCAUAUUGUUAAUUUGAACUAAAUAAGAAAGCAGAGUGAAUGUUAUUAUA